AGAGAGUGAUGGGGAAAGAUUUUGGUGGGAGCACUAUAUGUGUUCAUGCGCACUAAGAAUAAGAAAGCCCGCCGAUGGUGAUGAUGGGAACUGAAAAUGCAUUUUUGUGAAUGAAAUUGAACAGAACAGUACAAAAUCGGAGAACCCUUUUGAAAAUUUUUUGUGGGUCCGUUCCAUUUUCCGCCAUAGCCAAGAACCCAACCCAACAACCCCACAUCAAUCCUCCAUCCUAUCAUUACCAUCGAGAAGUCUCACUUACUCUUCUUCUUCUUCUUCUUCUUCUUCUUCUUCUUCUUCUUUUCUUCAUCCUCUCACCAACAAAUCUGCGCUCCCCCUUUCUUCCGUUUCAAGGCAUUUCUGUCACUUUCUACUUUCCGAUUUCUGAUUUUCUCUCUCUUUCUUGGAGGAUUGUGUUGGCUCUGGUUUGUUUUGGCGAUGGUGGGAUAUUGAGGAAGUGGGUGGUGGUUUGGGUUUGGUUUUUUUUUUUCAUUUCUUCUUUUUGGUUUCGCUUCAAUGGGAAAUUGCUGGUACCGAUGGGAACCUACGGUUAAUAGGGUCUCGGCUAAUGCAAAAUCAGAGUCCCCAAAAGUAAACAGUACAUCAGCUUAUCAAAGGGAUGGUGAUCACAAAUUGCCCUCUAACCCCAAAGAAGUAGAAGACUUGCGUCGUGACUCAGGCACUAAUCCUCUGAUUGCGUUUACGUUCGACGAGCUGAAGAUAAUCACCGGAAAUUUUAGACAGGAUCGUGUGUUGGGCGGAGGAGGGUUCGGAAGUGUUUAUAAAGGGUUUGUUACAGAGGACUUGAGAGAAGGAAUUGUUCCUCUUCCAGUUGCUGUUAAGGUUCAUGAUGGGUUUAACAGUUAUCAAGGCCAUAGAGAAUGGCUGGCAGAAGUCAUAUUUUUGGGACAGCUUUCUCAUCCAAAUUUGGUAAAGUUGAUUGGAUACUGCUGCGAAGAUGAGCAUCGGGUACUCAUAUACGAGUACAUGGCUCGGGGGAGCGUGGAAAACAAUCUGUUUUCAAGUAAGCAGCCAAGAGUAUUGCUUCCUUUGCCUUGGUCCAUUAGAAUGAAAAUUGCAUUCGGUGCUGCAAAAGGACUUGCAUUUCUUCAUGAAGCAGAGAAGCCUGUCAUCUAUCGUGAUUUCAAGACGUCGAACAUUCUGCUCGACUCGGACUAUAAUCCAAAGCUUUCAGACUUUGGCCUUGCGAAAGAUGGACCAGUUGGCGACAAAUCUCACGUUUCUACUCGUAUAAUGGGAACAUAUGGAUAUGCUGCACCAGAAUACAUUUUGACAGGACAUCUGACCCCUCGAAGCGACGUAUACAGCUUCGGAGUUGUUCUUCUCGAACUACUGACGGGAAGAAAGUCACUGGACAAACUUCGGCCAGCUCGAGAGCAAAACCUUACGGAUUGGGCUCUCCCUCUCCUAAAAGAGAAGAAGAAGCUGACGGGCAUCGUAGAUCCGAGACUGGGAGGAGAAUACCCGGCAAAAGGAUUCCAAAAGGCAGCAAUGCUGGCAUACCACUGCCUGAACAAGAACCCGAAAGCAAGGCCGCUGAUGAGAGACAUCGUCGACUCGUUGGAGCCGUUACAAGAAGAACCAACUGAUGAGAUAGAGACAACCUCCUCCUUACCUGUUGCUAAUGAGACUGUGGGAAAGGAAAAUGAAGUCUGAAACUACUGUACCAAGGCAAGGCAAAGGCAAAGGCAAAGGCAAAGGCUUUGUAUUUUGAGUUUCUGUUUCAUCCUUGUUUCUUAGAUGUGGAAAUUUUUGUUUUAUGAUGAAAUUAUGCUUUGCUUUUAACCACUUUUCUAACAGUUACUAAAUACAUUCUCACUGCUUAUAAUAGAAAGUGUAUUUGUACA